AGAGCUCCUCCUGGGCCCGCGAACUUGGCCAUUCAGCCACCGCUGUCCCAGUUGAGCGCCCGCGCGCCUCUGUCUGAGAAGCCCGGCGCUGUUUCUCCAGCCCAGAAGAAGAUGGCAAAGGUGGCCAAAGACCUCAAUCCAGGAGUUCAGAAGAUGUCCCUGGGCCAGCAGCAGUCAGCAAGAGGUGUGCCUUGUUUGAGAUGCAAGGGGACGUGUUCAGGCUUCGAGCCACAUUCGUGGAGGAAAAUAUGCAAGUCAUGCAAAUGCAGCCAGGAAGACCACUGCCUGAGCUCCGACCUAGAAGAUGAUCGGAAAAUUGGCCGCUUGCUGAUGGACUCCAAGUAUUCCACCCUCACGGCCCGAGUGAAAGGCGGGGAUGGCAUCCGAAUUUACAAGAGGAACCGUAUGAUCAUGACUAAUCCCAUUGCCACUGGGAAAGAUCCCACCUUUGACACCAUCACCUAUGAGUGGGCUCCCCCCGGAGUCACCCAGAAACUGGGCCUGCAGUACAUGGAGCUCAUCCCAAAGGAGAGGCAGCCAGUGACCGGCACCGAGGGCGCCUAUUACCGCCGCCGACAGCUCAUGCAUCAGCUCCCAAUCUACGACCAGGACCCAGCUCGCUGCCGUGGACUUUUGGAGAAUGAGCUGAAACUAAUGGAAGAAUUUGUCAAGCAAUAUAAGAGCGAGGCCCUCGGCGUGGGAGAAGUGGCCCUCCCUGGGCAGGGUGGCUUGCCCAAGGAAGAGGGCAAGCAGCAGGAAAAGCCAGAGGGUGCAGAGCCUGCUGCUCCAACCACCAAUGGCAACAUUGGCGAUCCCACCAAAGAAUACGUGUGUGAGCUCUGCAAGGGAGCAGCGCCUGCUGACAGCCCCGUGGUCUACGUGGACAGGGCCGGCUACGACAAGCAGUGGCAUCCUGCCUGCUUUGUGUGCGUCAAGUGCUCCGAGCCGCUGGUGGACCUCAUCUACUUCUGGAAGGAUGGUGCGCCCUGGUGCGGCCGCCACUACUGCGAAAGCAUCCGGCCCCGGUGCUCCGGCUGCGAUGAGAUAAUAUUCUCGGAGGACUACCAGCGUGUGGAAGACCUGGCCUGGCACCGAAAGCACUUUGUCUGUGAGGGCUGCGAGCAGCAGCUCAGUGGCCGGGCAUACAUCGUCACCAAGGGUCAGCUUCUGUGCCCAACUUGCAGCAAGUCCAAACGCUCCUGAAGGGCUGCCUGUCCAUGGCCAGAAUCCACAGGCACCCUGUGAGGAGGAAAGCCAGGUGUGCUGAGGCCUUCCUACAGGUCUGAUGUGACAACCUGCAAGCAACAAAAACAGUGAUAAUUUUUUCAGUGAGAAUAUAUAUACACAUAUAUUCUAGGUGGGUGGUGGUGGAUCCUUGAGGGUCAAUAGUUUCAAAGCCAGAAAUGCUCUGAGAAGUCUUAGGAUGGAGUUAUUUUGUUUUUGUUGCUGUUGUUUCCCAGCUACCAACUAAAGACACAACCACUGCAAGGGAUGUCUAGGAGGAGUUUCCCAGAAUGCAGUUCUGAGUGAUGGAAUCACGUAGCUGUAGAAUGUGCGUGCUUUUCCGUGAGCCUGGGAGCUCCCCCAUGAGCAGGGUGGUAUCCCAACAAUCGUUUGUUGCCUCCUUUCAAAUGGAAUUGGAAUUUUAAAUAAAAACCUCUUUUUGGCAUGAUAAACAUCCUAUCAAUAAACAUUUUAUGUAGUCCA